AUGGGUGGUCGACGUGAGGUGUCGCCGCCUCUUCGACCCCUUUCGAGCGCAGAGUCAUCUUAUAGUGACUCUUCCGAUGGGUAUCCCACACGUAGUAAGGAAAGGUGGCGCUCCGGGGGAUCGCACUCGCACCAUCGCAGUCAUCACUACAAAUCUUACAAGAAACAGCGACACGAGAGUAGUAGCCACGACGGGAACCGCUCUCGACACCAUCAUCGUCGUCGCAAUGAAUCCCGUAGGACGGCUAUUGCUCUGCGCAUCAGCAGUAGUAGUAGUAGUAAGAGUAGAUCCACUAGUGCCAGCACCAGUGGCGACAAUGAGAGAGACGAAGCAAGGGCUGAAGUAAAGCCACAGUCGGAUUGGGUAUGUGGGGUGUGUAGCAACCUUAACUCGACGCAACGCUCGGAUUGCUAUCGCUGCGAAGCCACCUACGUACAGAGCAGACGUGCGAGGCCAUCCGCCGAGGUGUGCAUUCAUGGUGUCCCUGACGACUGCACGUCUCAGGACCUCGAAGCUGCUCUAAAGGAUGCCUUUGUUAGGCAUGGAGAGCUGUUAGACGUGUCCAUAGGUGUGGAAAAACAUGGGACGGUGUGGUAUGUCCGAUUUCCAUCGAGCUUUGAGUGCACAAAGGCUCUCAUCUUCUGUCAUUGUCGCCUUCCCCUUGGAAAUACAAGUUGCAGUAUGGAAUUCUCGAAGAAGUCUAAAGGCGCAACCUCAGCAUACCGCAUCUCCCCAGAUCAGCAGGCAUCCCACGAGGUUGGAGCACUGUCGAAAACUGUUGAACAGCUACCGUUUGAGUUACAACCUUCGCAUUGGAAACCUCCGUCUGAUUUUAGCUCUGUCAAGGCAAGGAAAGACUACCUUGAAACGCUCUCUGCGCACUGGCAAUAUCUGUCCGAAACUCAAAAAGUAUACUACGAUGAGGAAGUCAAGCAAGUCCUACUGCACCCCAGCGCUAACGUUCAGAAUGCCGAACAAGAACGAGAAGAGAACUUAGGGGUGGCUAGCAUGAAGAAGGAUUCUGCUGUCUCCGCAGAAGCAACACCUAAUCCGAUAGAAGCCCUCAAGCGUAAACUGGAGGAAAAAAAAAAAGAAUUGAGUAAGGAAAUAAGUGGGCCGCAGUUACCUAACAAUCGAAACAGCGGCAGCAAGCCCACGAAAGCUUCGACUACGUCCGAUGCCGUCCUUCAACUAAAACAGCGAUUGGCUCAGAAAAAGGCUCAGAUCGCUGCUGAUGGUCGGCAUUCGCGCAGCACAAACACUACACCGAACGCUCCAGAUAAGAACGUAACGAAUGGUAAACAGAAUAACUGCAGUAAUGAUAAGGCCUGCAGCGGUGAUGGUGUUGGGCCCUCGGUCACGCAACCGCUACGAUACAUUCACGGAUUUCCCGUUCCUCCCCUUUACAAUGUGGAAAAAUCCCUCAGUAACGGUACUAUUUCAUUUCACUGUAUCCCAAGCGCAGUAGCAUCUCGCGUGCUGCCUUUGUAUUUGUCUAACGUGUUGAGUGAUGGGAAGUAG